UCUCUGGCCUCCCUCACCCGCCAGGAAUUCUUUUGAUGCACAAUCGAGAAUAGAAUUCCAUGUCCGAUGAUGUCGACCUACAGCAGGAAAUCUUGCAGCGAACGCUCCAGGAGGUAGCACAAGAGGAGGGCGCCAGUGAGGCGAAUCCGUGCGUCAUUUGCCUGGAGCCGGUGUCCGAAGCCGCGAUUGCGGUGCCCUGCAAGCAUGCUAAUUUCGACUUUCUGUGUCUGGUGAGCUGGUUGGAGCAGCGACGGAACUGCCCACUUUGCAAGAGCGACAUCACCUCCGUCAAAUACAACCUCGACAGUCCCCAAGGGCCCAAAACCUAUCACCUCCCAGCCCUCCCACCAGCAAACACCAGCACACCCUCUUCUCAUUCGUCUGCACAUUCCCUCCACCGACCCCCACCCCGCCGCCCUCGCCGCGCUCGAAGCCCUCCCACCCGAGAGCAAAACCGCGGCGACCCCCUCCGCCGCCGCCAACACAUCUACCGCCACCAACUCUACUCCCUGCGCGUGGGCUCCAACCGCCUCUCGCAGUACCAGGAACUUACACCGGACCGCUUUAACCGCGAAGAAGACCUCGUCUCGCGCGCCCGCAAAUGGAUCCGCCGCGAACUUCAAGUGUUUGCCUUCCUGAACCCCUCCGAUAACAACAACCAGGAUACAACGAGGCCUCCUGGCGGCCACCCCCGGACCGGACAACAGCGGCUAGAGAACCGCCGCGGCAACAACGCCGAGUUCCUGCUCGAGUAUAUCAUUGCCAUCCUCCGCACGGUCGACAUAAAGGGCAGUGCGGGGCAGGCGGAGGAACUCCUCCGGGAUUUCCUGGGGAGGGAGAAUGCGCGCCUGUUUCUGCAUGAGCUGCAGGCUUGGUUGCGGAGUCCGUAUACCUCGUUGGAGGAUUGGGAUCGCCAUGUGCAGUAUGAGGAUGCGCCGUCGCGGCGGGAUGGAGUGACGGCGGCGUCGACGGCGGCGUCAGGCGCGCGGGAUAUGAUGGAAGGCUCGUCGGCGUCGACGCCGGUUUAUAGGGGUGGAACUGUGACUCGGGGCAGGGGGGUGGGAAGAGGCAGGGGCAGAGUGGCCAAGCCCGCUCAUUCGCGGAGGCAGCCGUAUCAUCGCCGAGGGUCGCAGGAUCAGGCUCGCAGGCUGCAAUACGCGCGGGAGCGGUACAUACCGGACUAGAAUAGAAGCAAUGGUGCAACAGGGACAAGGUUGUGC